AUGGCCGAGUUCGUUCGCGCCCAGAUCUUUGGCACAACUUUCGAGAUCACCUCAAGGUACUCGGAUCUCCAGCCUGUGGGCAUGGGAGCAUUUGGUCUCGUAUGUUCUGCGCGAGAUCAGCUCACCAACCAGAAUGUUGCCGUCAAGAAGAUCAUGAAGCCCUUCAGCACCCCAGUCCUUGCCAAGCGAACGUACCGCGAACUCAAACUGCUGAAGCACCUUCGACAUGAGAAUCGAUAUCUUUAUUUCCCCACUAGAAGAUCUGUACGUCCCGCCACGAUUCCUGAUAAAUCUGAAGAGCCAGCACUGAACGCGCGCAGUUACUUUGUCACAGAGCUCCUCGGAACCGAUCUGCAUCGUUUACUCACCUCGAGGCCGUUGGAGAAGCAAUUCAUUCAGUACUUCCUCUAUCAAAUCAUGCGAGGCUUGAAAUACGUCCACUCGGCGGGUGUCGUCCAUCGGGACUUGAAACCAAGCAACAUUCUCGUCAACGAAAACUGCGAUUUGAAGAUUUGCGACUUUGGCCUCGCCCGUAUCCAAGACCCGCAGAUGACAGGUUACGUUUCGACGAGAUACUACCGAGCCCCCGAAAUCAUGCUCACAUGGCAAAAAUACGACAUUGAGGUGGACAUCUGGAGUGCUGGCUGCAUCUUCGCUGAGAUGCUGGACGGGAAGCCCCUCUUCCCUGGAAAGGACCAUGUGAACCAGUUCUCCAUUAUCACUGAGCUGCUGGGCACACCUCCUGAUGAUGUCAUCAACACAAUUGCCAGCGAGAACACAUUGCGGUUCGUCAAGUCGCUACCGAAGCGAGAGCGCCAGCCGCUGAGGAAUAAGUUCAAGAACGCCGACCCUGCCUCCGUUGACCUGCUCGAGAGGAUGCUCGUAUUCGACCCCAAGAAGCGGAUAACAGCUACAGAAGCUCUUGCCCACGAAUACCUUGCGCCGUACCAUGACCCUACAGACGAGCCUGUGGCGGAAGAGAAGUUUGACUGGAGUUUCAACGAUGCUGAUUUGCCAGUGGAUACUUGGAAGAUCAUGAUGUACUCAGAAAUCCUAGACUACCAUAAUGUGGAGGCCAACGUUGCUAAUAUGGAGGAGACCUUUGGCGGCCAGUAA